AUGUGCUUGUGACGUUUAAAAAACGUGCGAUAUUGUUACUAUUUCCACAUCAAAGUGCAAAAUUUCAAAAUAUUUGCCGAAAAAAAGAGUCAACAUUUGCUGUGGAAACAAUCAAUAGUCAAAAUGUGUAGCAUAGGUGAAGAUGAUUUUGGUGACGAAGGUGGAGUGCACACAAUGCAGGCGGAUCCAAAAUUGCCGGCCAGUGCAAUCGUUUCGGAUGAAAUUUGUAAAAAAUGUAAUGAACAAACGGUGGCUGUGAAGCUCAAUCUCAAAGAUGCCCAGUGUGAAUCGUGUUUCUUCCAAUAUGUUCGACACAAACUGCGCGCAGCAAUGGGAUCAUCGAAGUUAAUUGAACGUGGUUCAAAAGUGUUACUCGUAUUUGAUGGCACAUUUGAAGCUUGUGUAUUGUUGGAUAUGAUACAUUAUGCGGUGUCACAGGAGCAAUUCAAGCGAUUAACCAUCCAACCGCACGUUGUUUACGUCGACGAUACUUGCAUUUCAAGGCGAUCGAUAGACGAACGACAAGCGAAACUUGACGAAACUUUUAGAAUUCUACAGCAUUUUGGAAUCGAAACGUAUUAUGCAUCGAUUGCUAGCGAAGGGGCAACAAUAAAAGCGCAAAGUUUACAACUCAAUCAACAAGAACAAUUGGCUGCCCCAGAAGAAAAGUUUGUCAAGAAAUUCAAUGCGAUCGGAAAUCAAACCGCAAAAGAAGACUUUAUCAAUGUGCUCAAAAUGAACAUUUAUCGUGCGGUCGCCGCACAAAUUGAUUGCAAAUAUGUUUUUGUGCCAUCGAUUGGUCAUGAAGUGGCGACGAAUUUACUUGUUAAUGUGGCAUUGGGACGUGGAAAAUCAGUUGCCAACGACAUUUCAUUCUGUGAUAAUCGAUCGAAUGGUGCGGCCAAAAUCAUACGACCAAUGCGAAAUAUCAGUUCACUGGAGGUUGAAACAUAUAUUCGGCUGGACGAAUCACUCAAUCGCCUCACACAAAACACCAGCUACUUGAAUGUUCCGGGCCAAAAAUCAGUUAACAGUAUACAAAGUCUAACCAAACAAUUUAUUGACAAUUUACAAGAGAACUUCGCAUCAACGGUGUCAACAGUGUUUCGAACGGGCGACAAAAUCUCGGCUGCUGCUGCAACAACACAAACGUCUGAAUUGGAUGGUGACAAGCCAAAACAAACAUGCAAAUUCUGCCAUUCCGAUUUGGACUAUGAACAUUCAUCCACGCUAUUUGCCAUCGAAUAUUCACGCUGUGUGUCGGCCUGUGCCGAUCAAAACGAAGUCAACGAUGUGGAUUUGAUGCUGAAAAAGGCUGAAGAUCAAGUGCUUGGCGGCAAACACGAUGACAACACGGACAAUCUUAUCAAAUCACUAUGCCACGGCUGUCGAAACAUUUUUCGCGAUCUAAAUGAACCCAAUUCAUAUGUUCAAUAAAUUCAAUUCAUAUUUAUACUUUUAAUAUAUUGAUUUAUUA